AUGGUCCUCAUCAAGUCUGCUGUAGCAGUUCUAGCUCUCUUGGGUGGCGUAUAUUCUCGCACGUUCUAUGUGAAGAACAAAUGCAGCUACACAGUUUGGCCAGCGAUUUUCACACCUGGAAACUCACCAGUAAAGCCAAAUGCUCCGACUGGGUGGGAAGCUCCUCCGAACUCGCUCUGGAGAUUCACUGUUCCAAACGGUUGGACAUCAGGGCGUAUAUGGGGUCGUCGCGAUUGUAACUUUAGCCAGAAUCCUGGUCCUGGUUCAUGCUCUACCGGAGGCUGUAAUGGAGGUUUAAAAUGUGACCCGUCAAGUGGAACUGGUGUUCCACCUGCCACGCUUGCGGAAUGGACACUGAAUGGUUGGGCGGGACUUGAUUACUACGAUGUGUCACUCGUUGACGGGUUCAAUAUUCCGAUGAGCAUCUUGACUAACAAAGGCUGCCCAACUUCUGAUUGUACGAAUGACAUUGGAAAGACUUGUCCUAGCGAGCUGAAACGUGGCGAUGACGGAUGCUUAAGUGCCUGCGCUGCAAACCUAGAUGGAAAUCCUAAGAACUCUCCGAAUUGUUGCACUGGUCAAUACGACCAGCCGGGGACGUGUCCAUCGUCUGGUAUCAAGUAUUAUUCACAUUUCAAGCAAGGAUGCCCUAAUUCAUAUAUCUAUGCGUACGACGAAGGAAGUAGUACUGCGUUACGCAAUUGCUCGGCCUCGAGAAACUCGGAUUUCCUGUUAACCUUCUGUCCUUAACUUGUUAUAUCCUGUUAAUCUUUCACAUUUGUUGCUGUUGCCUCGUAGAUUUCGAGUAGCUCAUACGUCAUUGAUACCCA